GGAAACAGACCAGAAACCCCUUAAGCCCUAAAAUGUAUAAUCUCAUCUGAUUAUUUUCGAAAAUCUUAAGCCCUGAGAUUUCCAAGGCGAUGGCGUUUUCGAAAAUGUUAGGCAGAUUCUCUUCUCGGAUAAAGCCUCUAUGCCAAAAUCUCAGCAACAAGAAUGGCAAUGUUUCAUCACUCCCAUCUCCCGUCAAAUCUGCAUCACCGUCCUCAGCAACUAGUCGUCUCAGUCGAUCUUCAAGAUUACCAGUGGAGUUGAGUUCGAUGAUACCUCUUCACAAUGCUAUAGCAUCGUCCAGGCUGGUAUCAAGUUUGUCAAUUGAAUCCAAGAGCUGGGGAUUAGUUCCUCAAGGUAUUUCAAUGCCUUUAUGACAGUUCUCUCUUCUUACAACAAGUUUCAAGGAGGAUAGAGACAUAAUCUUUUAAGCUUUUAUCGGAUCCAUAGUUCCUGUAUUUAGACUCGAUUUUCUCCAACUUUCUGCUUAGGUUCUUGCGGUACUGGGUUUAUCUGAAACUGAGGAAUCAAUGUACUGUUGCAGGCAAGAUCUUUCAUAUUUGGGAUUUUUUUUUUUUUUCCUCGUGCAAUGUCUAAAGAUCAAUCAGCAGCCUUUAGGUUUCAUGAAAAUACAAUGAUUUGAUUUGGUUUAGACACAUUUGUCCAAGUGGCAUCUGAA